AUGGGCGGCUUCCUCACGCUGGUCGAGGACCGACCGACACCCAAAGCGGUGUACAACUGGAGAGUCUACGCAUCAGCUGCUGUAGCAUCUUUCGCCUCAUGCAUGAUUGGAUACGACAGUGCCUUCAUCGGCACGACUCUGGCCUUGCCUGCAUUCGUGGAUGAGUUCAAAUUCGAGGACAUGAGCACAUCGCACCUUGCUCUUGUAAAGGCCAACAUCGUAUCUGUCUACCAAGCCGGAGCCUUCUUUGGAUCAUUCUUCGCAUACCCUUCAGCAUUCUUCCUGGGCCGAAAGCCAUCGCUGAUCAUCUUCGCCUGUGUCUUUAUGGUUGGUGCAGGUAUCAUGUUGGGCGCAACUGGUGACCGAGGACUUGCCCUGAUCUACGCUGGAAGAGUCCUCGCUGGCAUCGGUGUCGGAGCUUGCUCGAUGAUCACACCCAUCUACAUUUCCGAGAUCUCGCCGCCAGCAAUUCGUGGUCGCAUUGUCGGGACAUACGAGCUUGGAUGGCAGAUUGGUGGUCUCGUGGGAUUCUGGAUCAACUAUGGUCUUUCUGAGACUAUGGCACCCAGCCACAAGCAAUGGAUCAUUCCAUUUGCCGUCCAGCUUAUCCCAGGUGGCCUUCUGCUCAUCGGCGCAUUCUGGCUCACGGAAAGCCCAAGAUGGCUGCUCAGCAAGCACAAGAGACAAAAAGCACUUGAGAAUCUCUGCUGGCUCCGCAAUCUGCCAGCAGAUGCCAUCUACAUGGUGGAAGAAGUGGCUAUGCUCGAUGCUGCUCUCGAAGAGCAAGCUUCAUCGAUUGGUGAGGGUUUCUGGAAGCCAUUCAAAGCUGUCAAGGAGAGCCGCAAAGUUCAAUGGCGAUUCCUGCUCGGUGGUCUCCUCUUCAUGUGGCAGAACGGAUCUGGAAUCAACGCAAUCAACUACUACAGUCCUACAGUGUUCAAGGCAAUCGGUGUUGCUGGCACGAACGCUGGCUUUCUCACGACCGGCAUCUUCGGCGUGGUCAAGACCGUGCUGACAUUUGUGUGGAUGUUCUUCCUCAUCGACAACCUCGGUCGCCGAAACCUCCUCAUGAUCGGUGCCGGUGGUGGAUCUGUCUGCAUGUGGAUUAUUGGAGCAUACAUCUAUACGCGUGCCAGCGGAUCUAAGCUCACAACAUCUACCGAGGGUUUGAGCAGUGGCGGUAUUGCGGCCAUGUUCUUCUUCUACUUAUGGACCGCUUUCUACACUCCAUCAUGGAACGGUACACCAUGGGUUAUGAACUCUGAGAUGUUCGACAUGAACACUCGUGGUCUGGGUCAGGCUAGUGCCGCAGCGAACAACUGGCUCUGGAACUUCAUCAUCAGCCGCUGCACGCCUCAGAUGUUCUUGAACAUGGGUCCAGGUGGAUGUGGCGUCUUCUUUUUCUUCGCAUCCAUGAUGAUUGCCAGCAUCGCUUUUGUCUGGUUCUUGGUACCAGAAACCAAAUCCAUCCCACUCGAGAGCAUGGAUCGUCUGUUCGAGAUCAAGCCCGUCCGCAAGGCAAACAAGAUCAUCCUCCAACAAGACCGCGAAAGGGACGAGGAGUUCCGACACGAUGCGGAAGGCGCUGGCCUCAGCGUCACGAAAGAGAAGCUCGGUCAUGUGGAGACGACUACCGAGCGAGCCAGCGAUGCAUAG